UGAUGUAAAUAUAUUAUACAAAGAGCACCGGGAAUUGAAGAAGAAGCAAAGAGAGCAAAAAGUGGAGAGAGUCUUGUAUUGAAAGCCACAUCUCACCGCACUGCGUCCCCAAUUUAAAAAUAGUAAAUAAAUUAUAUUUAACUCUUAAUAAUUACAUUAAAUAAUAUAAUAUAAUUUGUUCCCACCACCACCACCUCCUCCAUUGCAGCUUUUCCUCCUUCCCAAUCUCAAUUUUUGGAUUUCUUAAUGAUCGCCGAUUCCGAUUUCGUAAUCUACAAGUAACGGAUCGCUGAUCGGAGGUUGCGAUUUUAAUUUCUGUGUGAAUUUCUGCGAUCGAAUCAUGUCGGGAUGCCCAUCGUCUUCGUCGGGAUCGGAGGAAGAAGAUGAAGGAAUCGACUCGUACAGAAAAGGUGGGUACCACGCCGUCAGAAUCGGCGAUUCUUUCGCCGGCGGUCGGUACAUCGCUCAGCAGAAACUCGGCUGGGGUCAGUUCUCCACCGUUUGGCUCGCUUACGAUACUCAAUCAUCUAAAUAUGUUGCCUUGAAGAUCCAAAAAAGUUCGCCUCAGUUUGCUCAAGCUGCACUUCACGAGAUUGAGAUCCUUUCUGCUGUUACUGCUGGUGACCCGUCGAACAUUAAAUGUGUCGUACACUUAGUGGACCACUUUAAACACGCGGGCCCAAACGGGCAGCAUUUAUGCAUGGUCCUGGAAUUCCUAGGUGAUAGUUUGCUCCGCCUUAUCAAGUACAACCGUUACAAAGGCCUUGAAUUCAACAAAGUUAGGGAGAUAUGUAAAUGCAUUUUGACUUCUCUCGAUUAUUUGCACGGCGAACUAGGACUUAUACACACUGACCUCAAACCCGAAAACAUUCUUCUAUGCACCACCAUUAAUCCGUCAAAAGACCCAAUUAGGUCAGGGAUGACUCCCACGCUUGAAAGGCCCGAGGGAAACGCGAAUGGAGGAAUAUCCAUAAGUACAAUCGAGAAAAAACUAAAACAAAGGGCAAGAAGGGCAGUUGCAAAAAUAUCAGAGAGGCGAGUUUCCAUGGGAGGGGUGGGCAUGGUUCCCAAGCCUGCUAGAUGCUUGGAUGGGAUAGACUUGAGAUGUAAGGUUGUGGAUUUUGGAAAUGCGUGCUGGGCGGAUCGGCCAAUCGCUGAAGAGAUUCAAACAAGGCAAUACAGAGCUCCAGAAGUUAUACUUCAGUCUGGUUAUUCGUUUGCUGCUGAUAUGUGGUCUUUUGCUUGUACUGCAUUUGAGCUCGCGACUGGUGAGAUGAUGUUUACACCCAAGACUGGUCAAGGGUUCAGUGAGGAUGAGGAUCACCUUGCUAUGAUGAUGGAGUUCCUUGGAAAGAUGCCACGGAAGAUCGCCACAGGUGGGGCCCGAUCUAAAGAUUACUUUGAUAGAUAUGGCGAUUUGAAGAGGAUUCGAAGGCUCAAGUAUGGGUCUCUUGAUCGGCUACUUAUUGAAAAAUAUAAAUUUUCUGAUGCUGAUGCUCGUGAACUUGCGGAUUUUCUCUCUCCCAUUCUUAAUUUUGAGCCGGAAAAACGGCCUACUGCCCGGCAGUGCCUGCAGCACCCAUGGCUCAAUAUCGAAAAUCAGACGCAUGGUGAGGUAAAGAGCGAAUCCAGCGUUGAAAAGGUGAAUGUUGGAAUGAGCAACCUGCAAAUUAAGUUGCACAAGUGAUGUAUGAAAAUGAAAGACAGUUUUUUUCCCACAUGUUUUGAGUUUUGUUGUUCGUGGUUAAUUUUUUUUUUGGAUUAUUCGGUCGGAGUCUUUGUUAUAUUUGAUUUAUUGACUAGUUGAGAUGUAGUAUAUAUAUUAUGUGAUUAGCACGAUAAAAAUGUUAACACGUGAUUGAGAAACUGAUAUUCAAGUGCCGAAUGUGUAUGGCCGGCAUUUGUAAAUGUAUCGAGGUAGUUGCUUCAUAGAUGUGGAUUUUCAUCGAACAAUUUGAUGAUGGUUUUCUUGCUUUAUGAUUGAACAUUGAGAAAAAGGAAGCUCCAAAGUGACUUGGCUGCAGAUCUCGUACUCUUGUAUAUUGUUACCCUCGAAGAAAAAUCCAGAAAUAUCAAGCUGAAGUCAGAGUGAAGCUGAUUAUUUUGCUGGAAUUGUAAUAGAGUAGCUGGAUUUUGGUGCUUCAAAGGACAAUGGUUUACUAGAAUUGUGUGAUAUUAUGAUAGCUGCUUUGUGUGAUAAUAAUCUUGUAUUAGGAGUUUUGAACUGUAUAAUUGUACUCCCUUUUGCAAU